AGGCCCUGGGCGGGCCGUGUGAAGGCUUGUUUGCCAAAGCGGGGUCCCCGUCGCAGUUCGGAGCUCCCUUCUUCAGGGGAGGGGGUAAAGGGUGUAGCCCCCCUACCUAGGGUGAAUGGGCUGUCGCGUGGGCUGCUAAGGGCAGGCUGGGGAGCACGGGGGCCGGGGACGCGACCAUGAACUCACCCGUGGACCCCGGAGCUAGGCAGGCGCUGAAGAAGAAGCCGCCCGAGCGAACGCCCGAGGACUUAAAUACUAUUUAUUCUUAUCUUCAUGGAAUGGAAAUAUUAUCAAAUCUCAGGGAACAUCAGCUUAGAUUAAUGUCUGCAAGAGCACGCUAUGAGAGAUACAGUGGCAAUCAAGUUCUUUUUUGUUCAGAAACUAUUGCCAGAUGUUGGUAUAUCCUGCUUUCUGGAUCUGUGCUUAUGAAAGACUCCAUGGUUUUGCCUCCUUGCAGUUUUGGUAAGCAGUUUGGAGGAAAAAGAGGAUGUGAUUGUCUUGUAUUAGAGCCUUCAGAAAUGAUUGUGGUAGAGAAUUCCAAAGAUAAUGAAGAUAGUAUUCUACAAAGAGAAAUUCCUGCCAGACAGUCUCGACGAAGGUUUCGGAAAAUUAACUGUAAAGGAGAACGCCAAACUAUUACUGAUGAUGUGGACAUUAACAGCUAUCUUUCUCUUCCAGCCGAUCUUACCAAGAUGCACAUUGCAGACAACCCUCAUCCACAGGUGACUCAUGUGUCUUCUAGUCAGUCUGGUUGUAGCAUUGCCAGUGACUCUGGGAGCAGCAGUUUAUCAGAUAUCUAUCAGGCUACGGAAAGUGAGGUAGGAGAUGUAGAUUUAACACGUCUUCCAGAAGGACCUGUUGAUUCUGAAGAUGAAGAAGAGGAAGAUGAAGAGAUUGAUCGAACAGAUCCACUGCAGGGGCGAGAUCUUGUUCGAGAAUGUCUUGAAAAAGAACCUGCAGACAAAACUGAUGAUGACAUUGAACAAUUACUGGAGUUUAUGCACCAGCUUCCUGCUUUUGCAAACAUGACCAUGUCUGUAAGGAGAGAACUCUGCUCAGUGAUGAUUUUUGAAGUGGUGGAGCAGGCUGGAGCUAUUAUUCUUGAAGAUGGGCAAGAGCUUGACUCAUGGUAUGUUAUUUUAAACGGCACUGUAGAAAUUAGUCAUCCAGAUGGAAAAGUUGAAAAUCUCUUUAUGGGAAAUAGUUUUGGAAUUACACCCACUCUGGAUAAGCAGUACACGCAUGGAGUUGUUCGGACUAAAGUAGACGAUUGUCAGUUUGUCUGCAUAGCCCAGCAGGAUUAUUGGAGAAUUUUAAAUCAUGUGGAAAAAAAUACCCAUAAAGUUGAGGAAGAGGGAGAAAUUGUUAUGGUACAUGAGCACCGUGAACUAGAUCGCAGUGGAACCAGGAAAGGACACAUUGUAAUCAAGGCAACACCUGAGCGUCUCAUCAUGCAUUUAAUAGAAGAGCAUUCCAUUGUGGACCCAACUUAUAUAGAAGAUUUCCUAUUAACAUAUAGAACAUUUCUUGAAAGUCCUUUGGAUGUUGGGACCAAACUAUUGGAAUGGUUUAAAAUUGACAGCUUAAGGGAUAAGGUAACACGGAUUGUAUUAUUAUGGGUAAAUAAUCAUUUUAAUGAUUUUGAAGGUGAUCCUGCUAUGACUCGAUUUCUGGAGGAAUUUGAAAAAAAUCUGGAAGAUACAAAAAUGAAUGGUCAUCUCCGGUUAUUGAAUAUUGCCUGUGCUGCAAAGGCUAAGUGGAGACAGGUUGUGCUGCAAAAGGCUUCCCGGGAGUCCCCUCUGCAUUUCAGCCUAAAUGGAGGAAGUGAGAAGGCAUUUGGUAUUUUUGUUGAAGGUGUAGAACCUGGUAGCAAAGCUGCUGAUGCAGGACUGAAACGUGGUGAUCAGAUAAUGGAAGUAAAUGGACAAAACUUUGAGAAUAUAACGUUUGUGAAGGCCCUCGAAAUUUUGAGGAAUAAUACUCAUCUUGCGCUUACUGUAAAGACCAACAUUUUUGUGUUCAAAGAGUUACUUACUAGGACCGAACAAGAGAAAUCUGGUGUUCCUCAUAUUCCCAAAAUUGCUGAAAAAAAAAGUAAUCGCCACUCAAUCCAGGAUGUACCAGGAGAUAUUGAACAGAUAUCACAGGAGAAAGGAAACAAGAAAAUAAAAGCAAAUACUGUUUCAGGUGGAAGAAACAAAAUCAGGAAAAUUUUGGAUAAAACACGGUUUAGUAUCUUGCCUCCAAAACUGUUUAGUGAUGUAGGCCUGAGCCAAUCACAGGACGACAGCAUUGUGGGAACAAGACACUGUAGGCACAGUUUGGCCAUAAUGCCUAUCCCUGGAACACUCUCAUCCAGCAGCCCCGAUCUCCUGCAGCCUACCACCAGCAUGUUGGAUUUUUCUAAUCCCUCAGAUAUUCCUGAUCAAGUUAUAAGAGUUUUCAAAGCAGAUCAACAAAGUUGCUACAUUAUCAUCUGUAAAGAUACUACAGCUAAAGAAGUUGUUUGUCAAGCUAUUCAUGAAUUUGGUUUGACUGGUGCAUCUGACACAUAUUCUCUCUGUGAAGUUUCUGUUACUCCUGAGGGUGUCAUAAAACAGAGAAGACUUCCGGACCAGUUCUCCAAAUUAGCUGAUAGAAUUCAGCUCAAUGGAAGGUAUUAUUUAAAAAAUAACAUGGAAACAGAAACCCUGUGUUCAGAUGAAGAUGCUCAAGAACUAAUUAAGGAAAGCCAACUAUCCAUGCUGCAGCUCAGUACUAUUGAGGUGGCCACUCAGCUGUCAAUGAGGGACUUUGAUUUAUUUCGUAAUAUUGAGCCUACUGAAUAUAUUGAUGACCUUUUUAAGUUAGAUUCAAAAACAGGAAAUACUCACUUGAAAGAAUUUGAAGAUAUUGUAAACCAAGAGACAUUCUGGGUGGCCUCAGAGAUUUUAACUGAAUCAAAUCAGCUCAAACGAAUGAAGAUUAUUAAACAUUUUAUUAAAAUUGCACUUCAUUGUCGAGAAUGUAAGAACUUCAAUUCCAUGUUUGCAAUAAUAAGUGGCUUGAACCUGGCAUCUGUAGCACGACUCAGAGGUACUUGGGAAAAAUUACCAAGCAAGUAUGAGAAACACCUCCAAGAUCUACAAGACCUUUUUGAUCCAUCUAGAAACAUGGCAAAAUAUAGAAAUAUUCUUAGUAGUCAAAGCAUGCAGCCUCCAAUUAUUCCACUCUUCCCCGUUGUCAAGAAAGAUAUGACAUUUCUACAUGAAGGAAAUGAUUCCAAAGUAGAUGGUUUAGUAAAUUUUGAGAAGCUCAGAAUGAUUGCCAAGGAAAUUCGUCAAGUUGUUCGAAUGACUUCUGCUAACAUGGACCCAGCUAUGAUGUUCCGACAGAGGAAGAAGAGGUGGCGGAGUCUGGGGUCACUGAGUCAAGGCAGCACAAAUUCAAACAUGCUGGAUGUUCAGGGAGGUGCUCACAAAAAAAAGGCACGCCGUAGCUCUCUGCUUAAUGCUAAGAAGCUGUACGAAGAUGCCCAAAUGGCAAGGAAAGUGAAGCAAUAUCUUUCCAGUCUGGAUGUAGAAACAGAUGAGGAGAAGUUCCAGAUGAUGUCAUUGCAGUGGGAGCCUGCAUAUGGUACCUUGACCAAGAAUCUAAGUGAGAAAAGAUCAGUCAGGUCAUCAGAAAUGUCUCCAGUGCCUGUGAGGUCAGCUGGCCAAGCAGCUAAAGCCCAUUUGCAUCAGUCCCACAGAGUGAGCCAGGUGCUUCAGGUGCCAGCUGUAAAUUUGCACCCCAUCAGGAAGAAGGGACAAGCAAAAGACCCUGCCACACUGAAUACAAGUUUACCUCAGAAAGUUUUAGGAGCAACUGAAGAAAUAAGUGGUAAGAAACAUACAGAAGACACUAUUUCUAUGGCAUCAUCCUUACAUUCUAGUCCUCCUGCAUCUCCUCAAGGUUCCCCUCGCAAAGGUUAUACACUUAUACCAUCAGCUAAAUCUGACAACUUGUCUGACUCCAGUCAUAGUGAGAUUUCUUCACGGUCCAGCAUUGUGAGCAAUUGCUCUGUUGACUCCAUGUCUGCAGCUCUACAGGAUGAACGGUGUUCCUCCCAGGCUGUGGCAGUCCCUGAAUCCACUGGAGCAUUUGAAAAGACAGAGCACUCCUCAGGGAUAGGAGACCAUAGUCAGCCUGGCCCUGGGUGGACACUCUCAAAGCCAUCACUAAUCAAGAAUUUAGCUGUCUCAUCUUCUGUGAGCAGUGACGAGAUUUCUCAUGAGCAUAUCGUUAUAGAAGCAGCUGAUAGUGGUCGUGGAAGUUGGACUUCCUGUUCAAGCAGCUCCCAUGACAACUUCCAAAGCCUUCCAAACCCAAAAGGCUGGGAUUUUUUGAACUCUUAUCGACAUACCCAUUUGGAUGGUCCCAUAGCUGAAGUUGAACCCACUGACUGUGAGCCCUGUACCUGUCCUAAAGGCUGCUCUCGAACUUGUGGUCAGUGUAAAGGAAGCCUAGAGACUAAUCAGAUGAGGCAGAGUUGGGCUUCCUCUAGUUCUCUGUCUGAUACAUAUGAACCAAACUAUGGGACAGUUAAACGGAGAGUGUUGGAGAGCACCCCAUGUGAGUCAUCUGAAGGCUUAGACCACAAGGACGGCAUCGACCCUGUUUAUAAAACUGUUACUUCAAGUACAGAAAAGGGCUUGAUUGUGUACUGUGUCACCUCACCCAAGAAGGAGGAUAGGUAUAGGGAGCCACCUCCCACUCCUCCAGGAUACAUGGGGAUUUCUUUAGCAGACCUAAAGGAAGGACCCCACCUACACCUAAAACCUCCAGAUUAUAGUGUGGCAGUGCAGAGGUCAAAGAUGAUGCAUAACAGCCUCUCUAGACUGCCACCAGCUUCUCUCAGUAGCAAACCUGUGGCCUGUGUUCCAUCGAAGAUCGUAACUCAGCCUCAGAGGCAUAAUUUGCAGCCAUCCCAUCCUAAACUAGCAGAUGUGACUGACGCAGAUAGCGAAGCAGAUGAAAAUGAACAGGUUUCAGCAGUGUAGCCUUUGGAUUGACCUGACUGAAGUCUACAGAAAGUCACGGAGGAAGGAGUGGGCAGAACCAGCUCACAAUUCUGCAGGCUGUUGCCAACAAAUAGCUCGCUGCUCCUGCUGCUAACCCAGAGGUUUUAAUCCCUGUACUCUGAGCAAUGAGAUAGCCCGGAAUCAUGCCUCCUUUCAUUUAAUCCCUGCAGAUGCCUAGUUUCCUCAGCUAUGGAUGUUGUGCCUGGAUACCAGUCUUCGCUUUGCACACCAGACCUGCCUUGGGACCACAGUUACUAGAACAAAUUCAAACUCGAGUCCUCCCCAUAUAUAUCACUAUAGAUUUUCUUUAACAUGUUAUUUUUAAGAUAGUAGUAGUGGUAGUAUUUUCAAGCCAUAGCUUGGGUUAACAGACAAAUUCAGAAUGUCUGCCAAUACCAAGGAUAUUUUUAUGUAUUUGAAAAGUAACUUAUUAUUUGAAGUUUUGUGGUUUUGUUUGUAUUUGGGAGCUCUUGUUAAUUGAUGUUCAUGUUUGAGGCCAUAAAACUGUCUCUGAUCUAACCAAACUGAAGCCAUCUUUACAGGAUGAUAUGUCUGAUCUAUACAGAGAGGUAACCAUCUAUAGCACCAACGAAACGUAGGGUCUCGAUUUGAGUGGAACAGGAAUCCCUUUGCUGUUGAGGUGUUAGGAAGGAGAAUACUGCCAUCUGCUGGUCAGGAUUUGGAAAGCCAAAAUGAAGCUACCACAGGGUCCUAGCAGUCUCUUGGGAAAAGGAAGGGGUAUGAUGGGGUGUGUAGCAACCCUAAUUUCCAAAGAAUGAAAUGUUUAUCUUACAUAACAUGUAUACCAAUUCUUUCUGAAGUGAAAGUCAUUCUCUGUCUAACUGUAGCUAUAAGUAUAAAUCCAGUAAAUAGAGAAUGAGUUCUAGACAGUUCUGCUCUGUAGAAACCCAUACCUAAAAUUUUUCACAACUCAAAUAUGGAGUUUUUUUAAAGGACAUGUUAUCUUUGGCGGUAUAGUCAUGAAGAGCAAUUUAGCUUUAUGCGGUGUUCUGCAGCACCCACCACCCAACCCCCAUCUCACAGCACAAGGCUGUUUUUAAUCUUCAUAAACCCUGCAGCUCCCAGUUGCCUGAAGGUAAAGCUCAUUAGCACACCAAGGUCUAUAACUGGUUGAAAAUUUUGUGGGGGAAAGAGGAGCUAGAAUUAUGGAAGUGAUUAUUUCUUGGUUUUCACUUUAGGCCUUGAGAGGAAGGAGAUAUAUAUAUAACAGCCUGUUGGGCGUGGCACUCUUAAGUAUUUAAUUAAAAUUUCAGUGACUGUUUACUGGAUGAGGUAGAAUUUCCGCAUUUAAAAAAGAUCUAGUAUGAUGUUUUCUACAUCUUAAGUUUAAAUUUUUUAAUUUGUUUUUUAGUGUAAAGGCAAGUGAAAGGUUAAUAAACUUCUGUGACUACCAAAAAAAAAAAAAAAAAAGCCAAAGCCAUUAAUGUGUACUACCCAAAUCAACUUGGAGCCAAAAAUAGGUUUACUUCUGAAUGGUUAUCCAUAUGUGAAUUUAUAGGAUUUAGUUGGCUUACUACUUCCUUUUGAAAAGUUCUCAUUUUUUCCUAGCUCUCUCUUCUAUCAUCCUCCUAUUGCCUUCAUUUUAAAAUCAUAAAUCAGUGCCAACUGGUAAAUGGCAGUAGUCCAUCUUUUCUAUCAAAAUGAUAAUUUCUUCAUUUUAGGAAAAAUAGCAUGUCUGAAAAAUUCCCAUGGGCAAAAAACUGUAAAUACGAAACUUAAGCCUUAGAAAUUAACCCCAGGUAUGUUAGAAUGAGGCUAGUUGGCUCCAUAGCUUUCUUGGCCCAUUGAAAUGGAAAGUAACCUGGAUCAAAAAUCCUGGUUUGAAAGUCACACUGUAAAGGUUUGAUCUAUAAACAGUGGUCCUGUGAUCAUAAAUUUUUCUUUCACUGAUUUAGACAAUAUUAUUUUCAUGUCCAGAGCAAAACGAAGUGAAAGAUAUUUUUGCUACAACCAUCUUUUUAUCCAGUUUGGGUAUUUAUUCUCACCAUUUUAUAUCCACUCCCCGGAAAAAUGUGCUGUUUGCACAGUAUCUGUUUUUUUAGCAGGUCUUUCAAACCAGAUGGGAGCCUUCUCCAUCGCUGUCCUCAAUGUUGUGGAUAAUAUCUUGCACAGAGAGUCAGAGGCUUGUGGUUUUGGACUUGCACCUUGUAGCUGCCUUUGUUUCCUGUAGCUUGAAAUGUGAGUGUUUGGAUCAGCUGAUCACAUUGAUCAAGAACUAAAGCCAAAUGCUUUCUAGUUUGAUAUGUAUUUAUCCCUUAAAAAAUUGUGGCGUUUUGAUCUUUAUAUUCUAAUUUACGGUACAUUCCUGCCUUCUCUUAGUUUGUCAUGCGACUAGAACAAGAGAAGCCUUAACCUAUACUUAAUCCAAUUCAAAAUGCCCAUUUGUUUUUAUUUUAUAAGUUUAUAAGUAUACUGAAGAGAUCUAUGCCCUCAUUGUACCACAACUCUGAAUCUGCCAGGGCUAUUGAAGCAGUAAAUCCUCACUGCAAACUUUUGCCAAAUAAUAAGUUUCAACAAAAAAGAUCUCUGCAUAAUGAAAGAUUUGGAGAAUUAGUAAAUCCAAUAUAUACUUCCAUAAAGGUUUAUUGUAAUUUAAUAGAGUCUUACUUUCUCCAAAUGGUUACUUGCAGUAUGAUAUUUGGGGAGAAAAAGUCUUUAAAUGGUUUUUCUUGAGGGUGAUGUCACAUUGUCAUUAUCUGCAUAACCACCUUGAGAAUCUCUCCUAGGCUUGAAAUGUGACAGUAAUCAUGGAGAUAUCCAAGAACAAUUCUAAUUUUUAUAAAGUGUUUUCUCCCCUUUAAAAAGAAGGGGAGAAAGUUUCCUUGUAUAUUUAAGACUCUGAAUAUUAUUUUGAUACAUACGUUUCUAAAAAAUGUGAUAUUAAAGUAGAUGUAUCCCUUUAGUAUUACCGUAAAUGUGAUAUAGCAAAGGGAUAAAUCUUCAAAACAGUGUCACAGUACAUUUUCAAAUUUAAACUUGAACCCCCGUUCAUCUUUAAUUUCUGUUGUGCUUAAGGCUUCUUUACUUUUGAUACACAGAAUACAGUUGUACUUAACCUUUUAAAAUUAAAACGUGAGCUGAUCAGCAAAGGACAAAAACAAAACUGCACAGUCAUAAUAAUCAAAUAGCAAUUAUACUGCACAAUUCAGUGAUUGUAAAGUGUCCUGUAACAAGCAAUGUUUGUCUCCUAUUUUUUGAUACCUCUUAAACUUAUGUCUUUUAGAAAGACAGUGCCUCUGUAUGCUUUUUGUAUUUUUAUUGAGUGUAAAUAUUUGUUAUAUUUUUGGUUAAGAGAA